AUGGGCAAGGACCAGUCGCUAGACCUCGUUCGAACCCAAACGAUGGAGCGCGCCAAUGGACAUACUGUCCCCAUCGAGUUCCGCACCCUGUCCAUGCAAGUUACUGAGACCCAGCGCUCCAACAAGACCGGCGACUUCAAGACCUCCAAGGGCAAGAACAAGGGCAAAGACGACGACGUGGCUGAGCCAGAGACCGACUUUUUCUCAACCAUCGACUUUCACAAACUCACCAACCCCGAGGUCAGCCUCCGCUUCAACACAAACGAAACUCUCGGUUUGUCCCAGGCUGAAGCUCAGCGCCGCUUGUCUGUGGAUGGGCCAAACACUUUGGAUACCCGCAAGCCCAACUACAUCAAGAAGGCCCUUGGCUAUGUGUUUGGAGGAUUCUGCUCGGUCCUUUGGAUCGGUGUCAUUACUUUCUUCGUCUGCUGGGCGCCCAUUCUUCAGCCCGAGCCCAUCCCCACCAACCUGGCUUUAGCCAUUCUAGUUGUAAGCUUCAUUUUGGAACACUUUUUCUCGGCUUUCCAAGACUACUCUACCGCCAAGGUCAUGUCAUCCAUCAUGGACAUGAUCCCUGCCGAUUGCAUGGUCAUCCGCGACGGCCAGUUGGUCAAGGUCCCUGCCUCGACUCUUGUUGUCGGCGAUCGCGUCAGUCUCUCUCUCGGAAACAAGGUCCCUGCCGAUCUGCGUCUCGUCAAGGCCUCGAACGACACUCGCUUUGACCGUGCAGUACUCACCGGAGAGAGUGAAGCCAUCGAGGGAGCCACACACUACACCGACGAAAACUUUUUGGAGUCCAAGAACAUUGCAUUCAUGGGAACUCAUGUCGUUCAGGGGUCCUGUGUCGGCGUGGUAGUUCUGAAGGGAAACGAUACCCUAAUGGGCCGCAUCAACAAACUGACGACGGGCCGCAAGGAGAAGGUGACGAUUAUCCAGCUGGAGAUUAGUCGCUUUGUCCGCAUCAUUGUCUGUUUGACCAUCCUCUUAGCUAUACUUAUUCUCUCCUACUGGGCUGGGUUCCUCCAUGUCAAGUAUCCCGAGUUCAUGCCUGUGAAUGUUCUUCUUGUCACCCUCAUGGGUUGUGUUGUCGCCUUUAUUCCUGAAGGCAUGCCUGUGUGUGUCUCCCUCACGCUGAUGAUGAUUGCGCGCCGCAUGCGCUCAAACAACAUCCUCCCCAAGGCCCUCACCACCGUUGAGACCCUCGGUUGUGUCAAUGUUAUCUGCUCCGACAAGACCGGCACCCUCACCGAGAAUAAGAUGUUUGUCACCAACAUCGCCUUCCUCGACAAUGAAUCCACCCUUGAUGAGGCUCGCGCCAAGAUCGAAAAGCAAUCCAACUGCAAGACGCUCCCUCUGUCUGAAGAAACUCCUUCCGUCGUCGCCCUCCGUCAACUCCAGCUGGCCACUCUCCUUUGUAACAAUGCAAAGUUUGAUCCCGAGACCCUCAAUCUCCCUGUCCCCGAGCGCACAGUCCAUGGUGACGCCACCGACAGUGCCCUUCUUCGCUUCUCUGCUCAGGUAGCCGACUCUUCGGAUCUUGCUCCUUGCUUUGAGCGCACCCAGGAGAUCCCUUUCAACUCUCGCAACAAAUGGAUGAUGUCUGUCUACCAAGGAUCGGUCCAAAACCCUCAGCCCAUCAAGGCUCUCUUUGGAUCUGACAUGAUGAACGCCGGUAUGGUUGCCAGCGAGAAGGACUCGCAACUGGUCUUUGUCAAAGGCGCUCCCGAUGUCCUUUUGCCUCAUUGCACAUCCUUCGUCUCUGGCCUCUCCAACAUUGGUCUGCCCCUCACCUCUGAGUGGUCGGCAGAACUUUCUCGGAUUCAAAUGCAAUGGUCUCGCCAAGGAAAGCGCGUCUUGAUGCUCUGCAAAGGUCGCUUCAGUCCUUACUUGGCUGAAGCAAGAAACAACGACGGAUCAUCGCCCAGCACCGCACACCAGGAGGAGCUUGCCCAUCAAGGACUCCAGGGGCUCUGCAUUAUCGGUCUGAUCGGUAUCAUGGACCCACCUCGCCCCGAGAUCAGAGACACAAUUACCUCUUGCCGCCGGGCUGGUGCCCGCUUCUUCAUGGUCACCGGCGACUUUGGUCUCACUGCUGCCGCUAUCGCCAAACAGAUCGGUCUCUUCUCCUCCCACCGCGAACCAGACACUUAUGAAGAUGUGGUCGAUCCCAGCCGGAAAGGUGCAAAGAAUGGUCUCGAUAUCUCUUGUGGAAGCUAUGAUGAUCUUGGCGUCUUUGAGCCUGGUCGCCCUCGGUUCCGUGAGGGUACCUCUCUGCUGUUAACUGGCACCGAUCUCGCUAGGAUCAGCCCUGGGGAGUGGGAUCUUGUCUGUGCCUAUGAGGAGAUUGUCUUUGCCCGCACGUCUCCUGAACAAAAGCUCAAGAUCGUUACCGAGUUCCAGCAUCGCGACGGCGUUGUUGCUGUCACUGGCGAUGGUGUCAACGAUGCUCCUGCGCUCAAGGCAGCCGAUGUCGGUGUUGCUGUCGUAUCUGGCUCUGAUGUCGCCAUUGAGGCUGCCGACCUUAUCCUUCUCGGUGGAUUCGACUCCAUUCCUGUGGCGAUGCGUCUUGGUCGCAUUGUGUUCCAGAACCUGCAAAAGGUCAUUGGCUACCUGCUCCCUGCUGGCUCCUGGUCCGAGAUCUUCCCCGUUCUGAUCAACACCUUCCUCGGCACCCCUCUGUCUCUGUCCUCGUUCCUAAUGAUCAUUAUCUGCUGCUUCACCGAUGGCUUCCCCUGUACAGCCUUAGUCAUGGAGCAGGAGGAAUUUGACCUUCUUGCCCUCCCUCCUCGCAACUCCAAGACGGAGCACCUGAUCACGGCCAAAAUCUACCUCCAUUCUUAUGUCUUCAUCGGCUCCGUCAUGACCUUCUUCAGCAACAUGCUAUUCUACAUGUACAUCAAGGAAUACACCGGCGUCCCUUUCAAGGACCUGGUUUUCACCUACGGCAACCCCAACUUUCAGCGUCGAUAUCCCCACAUCGACGACGACAUGUUCAACAACUACUAUGUCAACACCGGCCAAUGUGUCACCUUUGUCGCCUUAGUGAUAAUGCAAUGGGGUAACGUCCUCUCAAUCCGCAACCGCCGCAUGUCAAUCCUCCAAGCCGAUCCCAUUCGCCCCAAGCGCCGUAACCUGUGGCUGUUUGCUGGAAUGUUCACAUCGCUCCUCAUGGCCAUCUUUGUCACCCAGGUGCCCUGGAUUAACCAAAUCAUGUUGACCAACCCUGUCCCUAUCAAGUACUGGCUCCUCCCCUUCCCUUGCGCCUUGGCCGUCUUACUAUUGGAUGAAAUACGCAAGUUGAUGUUGAGGAAUUUUCCCAACAGUGUUUUUGGCAAGCUUGCAUGGUAG